CUGCGUUUUGUUUGUUGUUUUUUUUCUAAGCCUUCUUCUCUAAAAUACUUCAUACUAUCAGUUUCUCCUACUGGAUAGCACAUACAAGGCUAGAAUUGUUCAGCAAAAAUUAAGCACUAGUGAAAUAACGUUAAAGAGAAAAUAGAUUAUGUAAACCUGCAGAUAGCUCAAGGCAUCUAUGGUUCUUGUUUCAGAUUAACAGCUUUCUGAGAAGACUGUCAUGAUAAUUUGUAUCUUAAAUUCUUCUUGUCCUGUGCCUGUACAAGAUUUACCUUGCUCCCUGCGUCAGGUUCCUGCGCUCUUGCCUUAGUAAGAGAGUUGCCGGUCUCUACAGUGGCUGUGGUGCUUAUGCUCUUGUAAUGCCAAGCACAAUCCCAAAGUGGCAUCGCUGCUGCUGUAGAAAUCACAUUUCUGACAAUAAGUGAUUUUUCCUGUUGCUCAGUUACAGCUUGCAGGAGUUAUUAAAAAGUUUGUUCAACAAAGCCAGGCAGAAGAAAUGUUUAAGGGAAAAAGCUUUUUAAUCCCAAAGAGGGAGAAGAGAGUCAAAAGGCAUGGAAGUUUCGCUUGUAUAGAAAUGUGGUUCACGCUAUAGAAACAAUCACUUUCAUUUGUGGAACAGGAAUGAACUUGCAGAUUAAAUAGCUGAGCUCUGGUAUGCAUAGGUGUGUCUGUGAAAGGAGCAGGCAAGAGGCAAAGUUCCAUGGCUUUAGCAGAGCUGUAUAUUCAUUUUGUGUAUAUGUAUAUAUAUAUUUUUAUAUAUAUAUAUAAACCCUGACUGAAAGAAGCACCUGAAACAAGACUCUGGAUUUUUUGCCUACUUGUGAAAUCAGAACAGGUUUUCUCUCCUACUUUUAUGAUGUCAGUUUGGCAUGAGUCUACUUAAGAACCAAAGAAGACAUGAAGCGACAGAAAAUACCAUCUCUUCUCAUCUGUUUAUUUCACAUAGGUGCUACGCUUUGGGGUUUUACAGAACAGGAAACAGUAACAGGGCUGUUUUCCAAGGAUUGCAUCCUCCCUUGUCCUUUCCCACCUGGGGAUGAUGAAGUAAUUUACUGGAAGAAAGGGGACAAAAACGUGCACAGCUAUUACUACCAGAGGGAUCAACUGGAAAGACAAGACCCAGAUUACAGACACAGAACACACCUUUUCCAUGAGAACAUUCCUGGUGGAAACGCCUCCUUGAGACUUAGUAACUUGACCUUGACUGAUGAGGGCCCUUACAGUUGCUAUGUGGGAACACAGCAAACUAAAACAGAAGUGGAAGUCACGCUGCACAUAAGAGUUUCCUCUUACUAUGCAUUGGAAUACCGAAAGACAGAUACAGAAAGGAUGCUGAAGUGCUAUGCCUUUCUCACUUACCCAGCACCACGUAUCUCUUGGGUACGAGGCAAUACGUCCAUCCCAGAAACAGAUCGGAAGGAAGCCAGGGAUGGAGUUCUGUAUUCUCUUAGAAGUGACCAGAACAUUAUAAACACAGCUGAUCCUUACUACUGUCAUAUUCAUCUCCCUCAUGAAGAGUGGGCUGCUGAAUGGAAGAUGCUAGACCAACUGUCUAACGUGGAAGGAAGCAGCAUUGCCAUUCCCUGUGAAUACAGCAGUAACACUGCAAACAGUGAAGGUUUCAGUGUUGUCUGGACGUUAAACAGAAAUGCAGUGAUUUCAGUCUUGGCCUCCUUCAAUGGUACAUCUCACUCUUACCAGCCUCGAGUCCACAUUAACCAAAGUGACUUUUCCCUGAUGUUGCAUGAUCUUGCUCCAAAUGACAGUGGAGAAUAUCUGUGUAAUAUUUCAACACCUCACUACACAAAACUUACUGUGAGAACUUUGCAAGUUGAAAAUUCAGGUAACACCAAUGAAAUUGUGGUAGGAGUGAUGAUUGGUGCAGCGAUCCUGGUAGCAGUUGGUGUCGGUGUCGGUGUCUUGUUCAGGAAAUGCAGAAGAAAAGAGGAAAUCAUAUGAGCACCUUGACACACUGGAAGAAGAUCACUCUCUGCACACAUGGGUGCUACUGAUAUUGCUGCUGAAAAGAACAAAGAGUUCCUUCACCUUCCCUAUUGAGUUACACUAAGAGCCACACAGAAAUGUGAUUAUCUGAGCAACAGUAAAAACCAACUGAACUGAUAAAAAAAAAAAAAGUAGUAAGUCAACUGAUACUUAUAUGUGAGGACUUGGCAUGAAAAACUGGAACUUGGAUAUCCUAAAGGGACAAUGAAAAAGUUUCCACAGAAGACAAUUCAGUUUUGAAGGAUUUUUUCUUUUUCAGUAUGAGGGAAAGAGAGGUCUUACUGCUUUGCACUUCAUUUAGUAUUUCAAUUUCAAGCAUAGACAUCUUCCCUGUUUAAAAGUGGAAAAGAUCUAAGAGAACAUCCUAUUUCAGAGCCACAGGCAGUCCUGAUGGGACUUGUCCCUCCACAGCAUCUCCUAUGUCUCUUUUGCAGCUGGGGAACAAAAGUCCUUUGGCUGGUAGUAGCGGAAGCUUCUGAACUGACUAUUCAUAUGAAAAAGUUUACUUUCUGUUCUCCUACAAAACUCCUACAGACUGACUGGCAGGACAGACAGAAGCUGGGUUAUCACAGCUUUAAGGGCUGUCCCCCCGCACAGGUUUAGCCUGUGAUGCUUUAACAAUCUGCACAUGAAAUACGUGAGGCUGUGAAGCUUGACUGCAUUUGCCCUUGGUUUUGUUUUUGUCAGAGAUCUGCCAAUUAGGAUUUGUUCCAACGUAAUGAAGCGGGCUGUUGGCAAAUGUAAUCUUUUAUUGAUCCCUGGGGCCUAGCAAAAUAAAAACACAAGGAAAUGAAUGGAAUACACUA